AUCGAGAAAAAAUGUACUGAACUUGGUGCUAGAUGGACUGAGUUGAAGGACGCUGCCAGUCUCCGAAGACUCCGCUUGCAGGAUGCUCUCGAAUCGCACCAGUUCUUCGAGGAUGCUGAAGAAGUGGAGGCAUGGAUCGCGGAAAAGAAACGCCUAGUCGACUCAACGGACGCUGGUAAGGAUGAGGACUCCGUUCAGCUUCUGCAAAAGAAGCUCGAUUCCCUGUCGCACGAUAUCGACAACCUGAAAGCGCCGAUUGGUCGAUUGUCCAAGCACUGCGAAACCAUGGAGAGUCGGAACCAUUUUGACGCGGCACGCGUGCGCAAACAGCAGAAGAAGCUCGAGGAUUCCUACGCCCGUCUUAGCUCAAAACUAGAAGAAAAACUGCGACGCUUGGAGG